AUGAGUGAGAAUAUCUGGACCUCUUUUAAUGCGGUUGUCUCGCUGGAAGAAACUAGAGUGGCGCUUUUUGACAUGAGCCCACUUAAAGCACCCGGACCAGAUGGGUUUCAUGCCAAGUUCUAUCAAAGCGCAUGGCAGAUUGUUGGAAGGUCGAUUUUCAAACAACUGGAAAACUUUAUGAGCUCUGGCAAGAUUGAAAAAGGUAUUAAUGAUACUCUGAUCGCUCUUAUCUCGAAGAACAACUCCCCCUCGAAUGCUAGUCAGUACAGGCCGAUCAGUCUUUGUAAUGUUAUCUACAAAAUCAUUACAAAAGUUAUGACUAAUCGUAUCAAGCCCAUCCUGAGACGACUGAUUGGUCACGAGCAAAGUAGUUUCGUGCCAGGUAGGCAAAUCACGGAUAAUAUCCUUAUCUACCAAGAAGUUAUCCACUCCAUGCGCAAUAAACAGGGUAAAAAGAGCCUUAUGAUCCUUAAAAUAGAUCUUGAGAAAGCCUAUGAUAGGCUUAAUUGGGACUUUAUUAGGGAUACUCUGGCUGAUGUGGGCAUGAGUACUGUUUGGAUUAGGAAUAUUAUGGCUUAUGUUGAAUCCCCUAGGAUGAAAAUUCUGUGGAAUGGCUUAGUCAUACCAUCAAAGAGGAGGCUACUCGUGGACCAAAUCAAUGUCAUCUCCCAGUGCCUGGGUAGAUUCACCCGGGCCUCAGGCCAAAAAGUUAGUCUGUCCAAAUCGCAGAUUUUCUUCUCCAGCAAUGUGGACAGAGAGGAAGCCCAGAAGAUUGUAUCGAUAGCAGGAAUCCCAGAAUCAAGGGAUUUAGGCAAGUAUCUUGGGGUCCCAACGCUUCAUGUCCUGCAAGCAAUUCCUUACUAUGGCAUGCAGACAAUCUUCAUGCCUGCUGGGGGAGGCACUCCCGAGGCACGCAAGUGCCAUAUUGUCUGUUGGGAAGAGGUCAUUAAGCCCAAAAAUGUGGGAGGCCUAGGUAUAAGAUCUGCCAAGGAAAUGAACCUGGCGUUCAUGGCUAUGCUUGGUUGGCAAAUUGUCACAAAUAGCGACAGCCUUUGGGUUAAGGUGUUGAAGGAGAAAUACGCGCACGGAAGGACAGCUACUCCAAUUCUAAGAAAUGGUACCAGAUAUCAGGUUAAAGAUGGGAGAUCUACUAAAUUUUGGGAAGACUCGUGGGUGCAUGAGAAGCCUCUUGCGGAUCUCCUUCACCUCAGUGCAAGCGAUACCAAUGUUGGGAAAAUGGUGGUCGAUUACUGGAAUAAUGAAAGAGGAUGGGAAUGGGAGAACAUGUCGCCACUCCCGGUAACCAUCAAACAGCACUUGCAACUCAUCAACUUGAACGCUAGUGAUGGAGAAGAUGAGAACUACUGGAUGAGGGAAUCAACUGGUAAGUUUUCUGUUAGCUCUACAUAUUCAUUAACUCACAGGUAUCAGUCUAACAUGCAGGGGAAGAUCUGGAGUACUCUCUGGAAGUUGAAGGUACCCAAUAAGAUGAAGACUUUCCUUUGGAUAGCCUUACAUGAUUGGGUGAUGGGCAAUGCCGAGAGAGCGCGACGAGGAAUCAUCUCAGACGGCUGCUGCAGCGUUGUAUGGGGGAGACAGAAACGGCUGACCAUAUCCUCCGACACUGCAAGGAAGCCGAAGAACUCUGGUCGGCGUUUGUCCCAAGAAAUGGGCGCAGAAGUUGGAGGUGGAUGGAUUUCAAGAGUUGGAUCCAGUCUAACAUCACCGGAACUCCGACUGGCUAUGACAACACGGAUUGGCCCAACCAGUUCACCACCAUUGUCUGGUGGCUUUGGCGAUGGCGCUGCGAUAGAGUCUUCAACGGAAGAAUCAGGAGAGUAUCGUCUUGAUCUUAUAGUGAGUUAUGGAGAGGUUCCGGUCAUUGUUCCUCAGGUCGCCAGAGUUCAUAUGUUGCUAGACAGCUUCGAGCCGAUCCACGGCGUUCUUCUGUGCGAAGGGGAGGAUCUGGAUCCGUCCCUAUAUGAGGCCGAAGCCAGGGCGACUGAUCUGUCGCCGGAGGAGAUGGAAGAGAUCUGGCGGCUGCAUGCGAGCGACACCGCAUUGACAAAGAAAAAGAGAAAAAGACAUGAGAGAGCUCCAGUUGGCCGAGGUUUGCCUGAAGAUAUAAAAACCCCUCUCUGGCUAAUGUUUUUCCCAUCACCAAAGCAAAACUCUUUCAUUUGCUCUCUUUAA